AAUGAACUGGUCGCGAUCGACGAGAUCUUCUGCACCGGUCGAGACAAGCCGCUCCUGAUCGGCUCCAUCAAGUCUAAUCUUGGACACAGCGAGCCUGCUUCCGGUCUCUGCUCCGUAGCCAAGAUGUGCAUCGCUUACACCACCGGCUUCAUCCCUCCCAACCUCAACUACCACACCCCCCGAGAGGGGGUGGAGGCUCUCGUCAACGGCCACCUCCAGGUGGUCACGGAGAAGCACCCCUGGAACAAGGGGAUGUGCUCCAUCAACAGCUUUGGUUUUGGGGGUGCUAAUGCUCAUGUGCUGCUAAAGAAUGUGGCAAGGCCUAAGAUCAACAAUGGCCUACCAGAAGAUGACCUUCCCCGCCUAGUCUGCGUAUCCGGUCGCACAGAGUCCGCCGUAGCCAAGAUCCUGGAUGACCUGGAGUCGAGGACGGUGGACGCUGAACAAGUGAGGCUGUGGCACUCUAUCCAUGAUGAGGAUAUUGGUGGACAUGUUGUUAGGGGAUACACAUUGCUGCGCUCAACCCCCACAAAGAGCCAGUCCAUGGCCCGCAGCAUGGAGUACUUCCCCGGCUUGAAGCGGCCGGUCUGGUUCGUGUACUCCGGCAUGGGAUCGCAGUGGGCCGGCAUGGCCACGCAGCUCAUGAGGAUCCCCAUCUUCGCUGCUGCCAUUCACAAAUGCCACAAAGCCCUUGAGCCCAAAGGCAUCAACUUGACCAGAAUCAUCACGGAGCCCGACCCAAAGAUCUACGACAACAUUCUCCACUCAUUCAUCGGCAUCGCCGCUGUUCAGAUCGGUCUCACUGAUGUGUUGAAGGCCAUUGGCAUUGAGCCUGAUCACAUUAUUGGUCACAGCGUAGGCGAGCUCGGUUGCGCGUACGCAGACGGCUGCUUCACCGCGGAACAGAUGAUCCUGGCCGCGUACUAUCGCGGCAAGGCUUCUGUUGAGACUCCCUUCAUCAAGGGAUCCAUGGCUGCUGUCGGUCUUGGAUACAAUCAGAUGAAGACGAUGUGCCCCCACGAGAUCGAAGUAGCCUGCCGCAACGGCCCCGAGUCCAGCACCAUCUCCGGCCCAGCUGAUGCCAUGAAGGAGUUCGUCGGCAAGCUGACUGCCAAGGGCAUCUUCGCCAAGGAAGUGCCUUGCUCCAACAUCGCUUAUCACUCCAGAUAUAUUGCUGAGGCUGGUCCUACCCUCCUGAAGUACCUCAAAGAGGUAAUCCCCGACCCUAAACCUCGUUCGGAGAAGUGGGUGUCCACGUCAGUACCCCAACAGUUCUGGAACGAUAAGAAGGCAGAGUUCUCUUCUGCUGAGUACCACACCAACAAUCUUCUGAGCCCAGUCCUCUUCGAGGAAGCCUCCCGCCUGAUCCACCACAACGCCAUCACCAUCGAGAUCGCGCCCCACGGGUUACUACAGGCCAUUCUGAGGCGCUCCCUGAAAAAGGAUGUUGUGAAUGUACCGCUCACGCAGAAGGGACACGAGGACAAUGUCCAGGUGUUCCUUACUGCUUUAGGAAAAUUGUACGAGGCCGGUUUGAACCCGCACCUGGCCGAAAUCUACCCGCACAUCCAAUUCCCAGUGUCUUUAGGAACCCCAAUGAUAUCUCACUUAGUGGAAUGGGAGCACAGCGAAGACUGGUACGUGACAUCAUACAAAGCUCAAGAGAAGAUGAAGUCUGGAGAGCGUACCGUGAGGAUGUCCAUCGUGGAUGAGGACAGCGAGUACAUGGCUGGACACGUUGUGGACGGACGCAACCUGUACCCCGCCACCGGCUACCUGGUGCUGGUCUGGGAGACCCUCGGCAUGAUGAUGGGAGAACUCUUCACUGAAGUAUCUGUGGUCUUCGAGAACGUGCGGUUCCAGCGAGCCACCAACAUCCCGAAGGAAGGGAACCUGGAGUUCAUUAUUAUGAUUCAGAAGGGCAGCGGUAACUUUGAGAUCGUCGAAAGCGGAGCAUCUAUCGUGACAGGCCGCAUAUACGCUCAGAAGGACGUUGGCCAGAACUACAGAGUGUUGCCAGCAUUACCAGAGCUCAGUGGACCUAACAUCAAACAUAUGCUGACCAAGGACUUCUACAAGGAACUCAGGCUUAGAGGAUAUCAAUACAGCGGUCUCUUCCGAGGCGUCGUCGGCUGCAACAUCGAGGGCACUCGCGGCCGUCUGGCCUGGGUCAACAACUGGGUCACAUUCAUGGACUGCAUGCUCCAGCUGAAGAUCAUCGGACACGACACGCGCGGUCUCUUCGUCCCCACCAGGAUUGAGAGGCUGUCUAUUGACGCUUCCAUGCAUUAUAACGCUAUUUCCAAAAUGAACCCUGAGUCGACUAGGCAAUCGUUUGAAGUUCGAGUUUAUCCUGACGUUGGAGUUAUCAGAUCUGGUGGCGUAGAAAUCCGUGGUCUUCAUGCCACCCCAAUUUCAAAGAGAGUGCCCCUUGGAGUGCCUGUGCUCGAGAAGUAUGAAUUUGUCCCGAACUUCGGCAAGAACAAGAUGAAGACUGAAGAUAUCUUAAGAGCCAACAUCCAAAUCAUCCUUGAAAACAUUCAGACCUUCAAAGUAAAGAGCAUUGAGCUGGUUGAUGAAGAAUACAAGAACAACAGCUUGGAGCCCCUGAUCACCCAAGUUGCUGACAUCCUUGGUGACAUGCCGCUGAUGCAAGCUGAACUGCUGGCUAUAUCUGAGGAAACUUUGGAGAUGCCGAGCAAUGUUACUGUGGAGAACAAAAAGAUUUCGGGAGAAACAAAUACGGUGCUAUUUGUAGGAGCUAACCUUUUAUCAAGGCCCGAUAUCCUACAGCAAGCCGCUUCAACUCUAAGAGACAAAUGCUUCAUCAUUAGCCGUGAAAAGGAACGUCCCAACCCCAAGGAAUACGCCGAGAAAUAUGACAUUAUCACCAUCCACGACACAGGCUGCGAAUACCUUGUCCUCUUCAGAAAGAGAGUUGGUGCCAAACCAGCAAAGUUCAUCAAGAUUCUUGCUGCUGAUGACACUUAUGCUUGGAUCGAGCAAGUCAAAGAGGAAAUCAAAGAAGGCCAGAAAGUGGUACUUUACGGCCAAAAUGAGCACAUUAAUGGGCUUCUUGGAUUGGUUAAUUGUUUGAGAAGAGAGCCCGGUGGGGAAAUUGUCUAUGGCUUCUUGAUUUCUGAUCCGUCGGCGCCUGAGUUCAAUUCGGAUUUGGAGUUGUAUGAGGAACAGUUGGAUAAGGAUUUGGCCAUUAACAUUUUCCAAGAUGGCCAAUGGGGCACAUACCGCCACUUGCUGCUGGGAGACUUGGAGACCACACGGGCUGAACAUGCCUUCGUGAACACCCUCACCAUCGGAGACUUGUCCUCGCUGCGAUGGCUGGAGGGGCCACUGAAGCAUAACAGUGUGUUUAAGGAUAACGAAAGAGUUUUGCUUCACGUAUACUGCUCAGCGUUGAACUUCCGUGACGUCAUGACUGCGACGGGUCGCGUGACAGUGGACGCUGUCGCUCGAGGCAGGCUUGCCCAGGAGUGCGUACAAGGAUUUGAGAUCGUCGGAAAGACUAGCAAUGGUUCCCGUGUCAUGGCUAUGGUAAAGAACAGCGGUAUGGCAAACUUGGUGGAAGGAGACAGGGCGCUGAUGUGGAGCAUCCCUGACGACUGGACCUUUGAGGAGGCGGCCACAGUACCGGUCGCUUACGGCACUGUGUAUUAUGCUAUGGUCAUGGUUGGUCAGAUCCAACCCGGCGAAACCGUUCUCAUCCACGCCGGUUCUGGGGGUGUAGGUCAAGCUGCCAUCAGCGUAGCCCUUCACAAUGGCUGCGAAGUGUUCACCACCGUCGGCACAGCUGAGAAGCGGGCGUUUAUUAAGAAGCUGUUCCCACAGCUUAAAGACAGCCAUAUUGGAAACUCCCGUGACACAUCGUUCGAAGACAUGAUCCGACGAGAGACCAACGGCAAGGGUGUCGAUAUGGUUCUCAACUCUUUGGCUGAUGAAAAACUGCAGGCCUCAGUACGCUGUCUCGGCUACCGCGGGCGGUUCCUCGAGAUCGGCAAAUUCGACAUAAGCCAGAACACGCCCAUCGGCAUGUACUUCUUCCUGAAGGAGACUUCCUUCCACGGCAUCAUGUUGGAUUACAUCUUCGAUCAGAGCUUCGAGUUCAGGAGGAAACUGCAAGACCUCCUAAUUGCUGGUAUCGAGAGCGGAGCUGUACGCCCGUUGACAUACUGCACGUUCGAGAAACACGAAAUCGAGACGGCCUUCCGUUACAUGGCUGCCGGAAAGCAUAUUGGCAAGGUGAUAGUGAAGGUGCGUGAAGAUGAGCGCAGCCACAGGACCGUGAAACCGGCGGCCAUGCACGUUGAUGCUGUUCCAAGAUAUAUGUGCGAUGCAGAGAAAGCAUACGUGAUUAUCGGAGGCCUUGGAGGCUUCGGUCUUGAGCUGGCUGAUUGGCUCAUCAUGCGUGGAGCCAGGAAAGUGCUGCUUACCUCACGCCGUGGCAUCACCAACGGCUACCAAUCUUCGAGACUUCGUGCAUGGGCAGGAUAUGGAGCCGACAUCCAAAUCUCCACCCACGACGUCACCACCGAAGCGGGUUGCGAAGAAAUGCUAAAGACGGCACUGAAAAUGGGUCCCGUGCAAGCAGUUUUCAACCUUGCCGUCGUGCUCAAAGAUUCCAUUUUCCAAAACCAGACCCCGGAGACUUUCAAGACGUCGUUCGCGCCUAAAGCCUUGGCGACGAUGCAUUUAGAUAAAUUGACGAAGAAACUCUGCCCUGGAUUGAAGGACUUCGUGGUAUUCUCAUCUGUGUCCUGUGGUCGCGGUAACGCCGGCCAGACCAACUACGGUCUCUCCAAUUCUGUGAUGGAGCGCAUCUGCGAGUGGAGACGGAAGCUCGGACUUCCCGCUCUCGCCGUUCAGUGGGGAGCCGUUGGUGAUGUGGGUCUAGUAGCGGACAUGCAAGAUGAAGACAUGCAGCUCGAGAUCGGAGGCACCCUGCAGCAGAGGAUCUCCUCCUGCCUGCUGGCGCUGGACAAGUUCCUGAAGCAGGACCAGGCGACCAUCGUGUCGUCCAUCGUGGUCGCCGAGAAGAAGGCGGGAGGGUCUGGCUGCGGGAACCUGGUUGACGCUAUUGCGCAGAUCAUGGGCAUCAAGGACCUGAAGACAGUAUCCCAGCAAGUGUCUCUGGCCGAGCUUGGCAUGGACAGUAUGAUGGCGGUGGAAAUCAAGCAGACUUUGGAGAGGGAGUUCGAGAUCUUCCUCACUGCGCAGGACAUUAGGACACUCACGUUCGCCAAGCUGGUAGAACUCACAGCACAACGCGAGGCAGAAUCCUCAACCACGGCCGCUCGUCCCAACACGGCUGAAGGCGCGGCUGGUCUCAGGGUACUCAUGAGAAAUUUCGGCGAAGAGCGGCUGGUGUCUGAACCCUUCAUCUACAUGCCGACCAUGGUCACUGAUGGCACUGAGGUGAGAAUCUUUGACAACUUGUCCCAAAACGAACCUUUGACAACUUGUCCCAAUACGGCUGAAGGCGCGGCUGGCCUUAGGGUACUCAUGAGAAACUUCGGCGAAGAGCGGCUGGUGUCUGAACCCUUCAUCUACAUGCCGACCAUGGUCACUGAUGGCACUGAGGGUCACGAAGCCAUCCACGACACCGAAGACCCGCCCAUGUUUAUCCUGCCUGGCCUGGAGGGCGCCGCGUCCGUCAUGGAACCGCUCUGCAAGAGGCUGAAGUGCAAGGUCUGCGUGCUGCAGCUAGGUGUGGAGAACCCGAAUGAGGAUAUCGAGGCUAUGGUCAACAGGCUGUACUUGACGGUACGGACCCGCCUGGCCCCUGGAGGACCCUUCACGCUGCUCGGCUACAGUUUCGGAUGCCAGUUGAUGCUGGAACUGGCUGCUAAGCUUGAGGCCGAAGGUCACAAGAACGGUCUAGUUUUCUGCGUCGACGGAGCCCCAGACUUCCUCCAAGCCAUUCUCACCACCGUCAUCUGUUUCAAGAGCGAUGUCCAGCUCCAGAACGCCCUGAUCUGCCACACCAUGGACAUCGUCGCCCCUAACAACGAAAUCUCCACCGCCCUCAUAGAAAAACUCAGCCAAAUCGAGAACUUCGAAGAAAAAGUCAAGACUGCCAUCGAAAUGUCCCCCGUCCAAUCCAGAUAUACACCGAAAUUCAUCGCGUCAGUCGCGGCCAUCACUUAUGAUAGAGUUAAAGUUGUUCUCAACUACAACUCCAAGGAUGUUAAGAAAAUCCAAGCGCCUAUAGUGCUUCUACGUCCUAAAGAAAACCUUCCUAACUUAGUGUGCGAUGAGAACUAUGGUCUCGAUAAGUUUACGCAUAGCAACGUCACUGUGCACUAUUUGGAAGGUACUCACGUAACUAUUAUUGAGAAUAAGGACUGUGCGAAUAUUAUUAAUAAGGUUUUGAUCGAGAGAGACGGACAGACGGGUAAGCAAAUGCAGAGUGUUACUACUAUGAUCCAAAGUCACAGGCAAUUUAUUUGCAGUUAGAUUUAACAAGAUUAUUGACUGUAUAACUUUUUCCUUUCUAUUUAUGACCAUUAUGUGUUAUUUUA